AUGGUGAAAAAUAGAGUAGCCCCUGACAGACCCUUCAAGCGGAAGGACACUUUCUUUAGCAAAUCCAAACCCGAUUUUAAAGCAAAAAACAAGCAAAACAAGUCAUUUAAAAACAAAAAUAACGAUAACAAACAAUUCCUAAAGCCCAGCUUAAACGGCUCGAAUUUUUUCCUAAAGACUGACUCAAAGGAGGAGGAUUCUUCCAAAACUGAAACUGUUAAAAAAUCUCCCAAAACUAAACAAGCAAAAACCGAUGAAAAACCCGAGAAAAAACCCUUCGACAAAAAGUUAUGGAGGCUCCAAAAGUACAGUAAAAAGUACAAGCUGCAACAAUGGGAGGAAAAAAGAAAGAAGGCGGUGUUACGAGGAUAUUACCGCAACCUGAAGGAAGACGAACCCAAACUGGACGUCCAGAAAAUCUACGAGCAAGACAGAAGCGACGACGAAACCGAAGCCGCCAACGUUAACGAGGAAAACGAAAACAACCUAAACAAAAACGUGGACGAAGAGAGCGCGAACGUUGACGCGACCGAGGCGGCUCCGAAAAACGCCAAAGGCAGAAAGAACAGGGCGUUCAAAAAGGCCCAUCUCGAAUUCCAACGAAUACAGGAAGAGAAACGUAAGAAAAAGGAGGAGGAGGCCAAAGUGAAAGAGGAGAAACAGAAAGCCAUAGAGGAGUACAAAAAGAAAAAGGCCGAGAAGUACAAGAAGCUCAGCCAGAAGACCAAAAAAGGACAGCCUGUCAUGAAAGGAAGAAUCGAAUUGUUGCUCGAAAAGAUCGAACAGACCGUUAAUAAUUAG